UACAUGGUUGCCAGUUCAUUUUUCUCUAAAAAACGCCUACGUUCAUUUUCUCUGUCAUUUUCCCAAACAUACUGGCAGCUCCCAGAUCUCUAUCUCGGAAACCGUGACGCCAAAGCUUCCAUUUCAUCCUUCUAUACAUAUGUUUACUUGAUCGACUGUUCCUUACUGUUCUCUAGCUUCAGAAUUAAUCUCGUUCUUUUUCUCGGAGGGUACAAAAUGGACGGUGCUGAUGGUACGGUGAGGUUAGGGGCUUUGAACAUGAAGCCAGGUCGGGGUCUCGAUUUGGAUCCUGAUGUCUCUGUUUCUUCGCCGGUCACCAGACAGAAAGCUGCCGCCGCCAAGCAGUUCAUUGAGAAUCACUACAAAAACCAUUUACAAGGAUUGCAAGAUCGAAUGGAGAGACGGCGUACACUUCAGAGGAAAGCGCAAGAAGCUCAGGUAUCGAAUGAGGAACAAGAAGAGAUGAUGAGGAAUUUAGAACGUAGAGAGACAGAGUAUAUGAGACUGCAAAGACGUAAAGUUGGGAUUGAUGACUUCGAGCAAUUGACUGUGAUUGGAAAAGGUGCAUUUGGCGAGGUGAGACUAUGUCGUGCCAAAAGUACAGGAGAGAUUUUUGCUAUGAAGAAAUUGAAGAAGUCAGAAAUGCUUAGUCGUGGACAGGUUGAGCAUGUCCGCUCUGAGAGGAACUUACUUGCGGAGGUGGAUAGUCGUUACAUUGUGAAACUUUUCUAUUCUUUUCAAGACUCUGACUUCUUGUACCUCAUCAUGGAGUAUUUACCUGGUGGUGAUAUUAUGACAUUACUGAUGCGAGAAGAUGUUCUUUCUGAAGAUGUUGCGCGUUUUUACAUAGCUGAGAGCAUUCUCGCUAUUCAGUCAAUUCAUCAACACAACUAUAUCCAUAGGGAUAUUAAACCAGAUAACCUGAUAUUAAAUAGAAAUGGCCACUUGAAACUUUCAGAUUUUGGCCUGUGUAAGCCCCUGGAGGAUAAAUAUUCAACAAUUUUAUUGGAGGACGAGGAUAUUACCUCCCAGGAUUCUACAAAUGAAACUGAAGGACAGCCAGGUUCACUUAGAUCACCUUGGAUGAUGCCCAAAGAGGAAUUACAGCAGUGGAAGCGCAAUCGCCGUGCACUGGCUUAUUCAACUGUUGGGACUCUUGAUUAUAUGGCCCCUGAAGUCUUGCUGAAGAAGGGUUAUGGAAUGGAGUGUGAUUGGUGGUCUUUGGGGGCAAUCAUGUACGAGAUGCUCAUAGGCUAUCCUCCUUUUUGUUCUGAUGAUCCACGAGUCACAUGCCGUAAGAUAAUCAAUUGGAGAACAUGCCUUAAAUUUCCCGACGAACCAAAAAUAUCACCUGAGGCUAGGGACUUGAUUUGUCACUUGCUCUGCAAUGUCGAGAAAAGGCUGGGGACCAGAGGAGUAGAAGAGCUAAAGGUGACAGCUUCUCAAGAAAGAAUUAAGAUAUGCUUAGCUCCGCUUUGUUCAUCUUUAAUUACAAAUUAUUUGGGUUUAAACUUACGCAAUGAUCAUCCAUGGUUAAGAUGCAUUCACUGGGAGAAACUGUAUGAAAUGGAAGCUGCAUAUAAACCUACAGUAAAUGGAGAGUUGGAUACUCAGAAUUUUGAGAAGUUUCCUGAUGUAGAAGGCCCGCCAUCUACUUCACAGCAAGUAGGACCGUGGAGAAAGAUGUUGACUUCAAAAGACACCAAUUUCAUCGGAUAUACUUUUAAGAAAUCAGACAUCCUGAAGUCCCUUGAAAAUUCAGGUACAGACACAAGAUCAAAUGAGUCAUCAAGACCUCCAUCCUUGAUUACCUUGUUAGGUCGGAUGGAUCUGCAAGAAACUACUUUGGAGGAUGAACAAACCCGACAAAGUUGAGUUUCAAUUUGUUUGCUACAUAUUGAGAGAGGAAGUGUUUGGUAUUUUAUCUGCACAUAUGUCCAUAUAUCCUGACGAAGAAGCCGUCAGAUAAGACUAACAUGGAGACAAGAUUGCUGCAUAAAGACACAAAUAAGACGACGAUCAAUUCAAAGGGUUGAGAUACUCUUGGCUGUUAUUGGUUUGUUUUCCCCCAAGAAAAUUAACGCAUAAGAGCUACUGGAAAGCCAAAAGUUAAGAUGUUCAAUUAAUUCUACAUACCAUUUUCCUGGUAGGUAAUUUUCAUUCAUAAAGGUCCUGUUGAAGCAGCAAAAAGGAGAGUUACAUUACCAAAAUUUUCUUGUGUAUAUCCAAUUUCAGCAUAGAAACAUGCUAGUGGAAUUUUUCAUCAAUUAACGUGUAUACCUGUACUUCAUACUCAAUUUGCAUUUCGUUGGAAUUCGUUACAAAUUUAAUGAUCUCUGUAUCUCAUCGAGGGGAAGUUGCAAAAGCGACUUAAUCAGAUUUUAAUUGUUAGACUU